AAAAAGAAAAAAAUCCAAACUCGAGACACACAACAAAACUCUCGGAGAAGAAGAAGAAGAAGGUCAAUCAAAGCUUGUUCUUUUGAUUCUUCACUGGGAGUUUAAUACUCUGCUUCGAGCCAGAGGUUUGUUUAAAGUGUGAGAGACAUAUAAUGGCGUCGCUGGCAUCGUCGUUUCCUCCCGCCGCCGCUAAGACGCCUUCGUAUUUGUCCUCGUCGUCUUCGACUUUCUUCUCCUCUUCUCUCUCGUUCACUACCUCUCAGCCUCACUCCCGAAACUCCGUCUUCGCUUGUAUUAAAUGCGAUGUUGGGAAUGGGAAUCCAAGUAUCCCAAUCAUCAACGAGAGGACACUCCCCAAGUUCCUUGAAUCCGCCAGGAUGGAGAAAUCAGCCAACAGAACCAACAACAACACCAGGCUAAAGCUGUUCUCCGGCACCGCGAAUCCAUCCCUCUCUCAGGAGAUCGCUUGGUACAUGGGCUUGGAUCUCGGCAAGAUCAAGAUCAAGAGGUUUGCCGAUGGAGAGAUCUACGUCCAGCUGGAAGAGAGCGUCAGGGGUUGCGACGUCUACUUGGUGCAGCCUACUUGCACCCCCACCAACGAGAAUCUCAUGGAGCUUUUGAUCAUGGUUGAUGCUUGUAGGAGAGCGUCUGCUAAGAAAGUUACGGCCGUGAUUCCGUAUUUUGGAUAUGCGAGAGCUGACAGGAAGACACAAGGGCGUGAAUCAAUUGCUGCUAAAUUGGUUGCGAACCUUAUUACAGAAGCUGGUGCAGAUAGAGUGCUGGCAUGUGAUCUUCAUUCAGGACAGUCUAUGGGUUAUUUUGACAUUCCAGUUGAUCAUGUGUACUGCCAGCCGGUGAUACUUGAUUAUCUUGCUAGCAAGUCAAUUCCAGCAGAGGAUUUGGUUGUGGUUUCUCCUGAUGUUGGUGGAGUAGCCAGAGCACGCGCUUUUGCUAAGAAGUUAUCAGAUGCGCCACUUGCCAUUGUGGAUAAAAGGCGUUCUGGACACAAUGUUGCUGAGGUGAUGAACUUAAUUGGUGAUGUAAGAGGGAAGGUGGCAGUAAUGGUUGAUGAUAUGAUUGAUACCGCUGGAACCAUUGUGAAAGGAGCAGCUUUGUUGCACCAGGAGGGGGCUCGUGAGGUCUAUGCGUGCUGCACCCACGCUGUUUUCAGCCCGCCUGCGAUAGAGAGAUUAUCAGGAGGUUUGCUUCAAGAAGUGAUAGUGACAAACACAUUACCAGUAGCUGAGAAGAACUACUUCCCGCAGUUGACAAUUUUGUCCGUGGCUAAUCUUCUUGGCGAGACGAUUUGGCGUGUCCAUGAUGAUAGCUCCGUCAGCAGCAUUUUCCUUUGACCUCCUCAGGACCUCAUCUCUGUCUCAUUUGCAUAAUUUUGAAUGUUUUUUUUUGCCUUUGUUAGUCGGUUUAGAAUCCGGUUUACCAAGUUUUCUUGCUUUAGCUCUUUAUGGUUUUAAGACUUUUCUUGUUUGGAAAACAUCUCAUUGUGGAUUCUUUACAUAUUGAUCUUGAACCGAUUUUGAUA